UGAAAUAAAUUGAAAUUACAGAUCUUAUUAGAAUCAUCAAGUGAAAGCGAAACCGACUCUUCUAUUGCAUUUCUAAACACUAGUUCUAGUGUAAUAAGCUCAGAGGAUGAAGUGCAUCAGCAUGAAUAUAGUAAAAAUUUUGUUGAAUGGAUUAAUAAUUUUUCUGAUGAAGACUUCAGAAAAAACUUUAGGCUUAAAAGAAGUACUACAAAUUAUUUGAUUGAUUUGUAUAUAAAUUCCAAUCAGCAACAACAAAAUGAUCGUGGUGGUCACAAUCGGACAAGUGCAGGGAAGGAGAUUUACAUUUUUUUGUGGUAUAUGGCGAAUACAAAUACUUUUCGCGAAAUUGGUAUUUGUUUCGGUAUAUCCAAAGCUUCAGCCUGGAGAAUAGUUGAAAGAACUAGUGUUUGGCUCAUAUCAAUUGGACAUGAAUUUAUAAAAUGGCCAAAUACGUCCGAAGCAUUUGCUAAUAUGGCAAAAGUGGAAGCCACGAAGAAAUUUCCGUUUGUGAUUGGUUGCAUAGAUAGCACCCAUAUAAAAAUAAAUGCACCACAUCAUAGCGAGGAGGCUUAUUUCAAUAGGAAACAUUAUUAUAGCUUAAUCUUACAGGCCGUUUGCGAUGCAAAUGGUCUGUUUAUAGAUGUGUGUGUUGGAGAGCCUGGUUCCUUGCAUGACUGCCGAGUAUUACGUAGAUCACAACUAUAUAGUACAGCUUCAUUGCCAAGCAAAUUCCUCAAUGGUUCUUUUAUAUUAGGAGAUUCUGCAUAUCCCAAUUUAAAUUGGCUUGUAAGUCCAUUUAAAGAUAAUGGUUCUUUGUCUUCUGCCCAAAGACAAUUCAAUGUAAUGCAUUCGCAGGCAAGAAUUGUUAUCGAAGAUGCUUUUGGGCGUAUGAAAACUAGGUUUCGUCGACUCUUGCACUUCAUGGAACAGCAAAGAACUCCUGCGAUAACAAAUUUAAUUAUGUGUGCGUGCAUAUUGCAUAAUAUAUGUUGUUCGCAAAAUGAUGAAAUUGAUAAUGAAUUUACCCAAAAUGUAUAUUCGAGCGAAGAUAUCUUCUUAUAAUAAAUACGCAAAAUUUUGAAGUGGAUAACAGACGGAGUUCAGUUUUACAAUAUUUAAUUGAAACUGGAAUCAUAACAUCUUA